ACAUGGCUUCUGCGAAAGUCCUUGACAGUAGAUGGGUUCGUAGGUACCGUAUAUUUUUCGUAGCAGGUACUAUUAUUCUAGGCAUCCAAGUCUUCCUCGCGUAUAAGUUUUUUCCUGGUGAUAAUGAUGUCAGUGAAAAACUUCAAGAUCAGAGAGGUGUAUCAGGAAAAGGGAGGGUAAACAUAGAGGUAUUACAUGAAGAUCCUAAUGGUGCAGUUUCAUCAAGGAGAUUCAAGGAAAAUUACUUAGUUGUAGAUGAUGAGGACAGCCCAAGCAAUAGCAACCCUGUGAAUGGCCUUUACAACAAACAUAAAGUUCCUCCGGAUAAAUAUGACGUAGCAGAUAGCAGAAACCCUGCAGUUGCAGCAGAAAAAGUGCCUCAGCAUUCACACAGUAGGAAUAGGGUAAUUCAAUGGGGAAAUCGGAGUAGCUUAAGACUGGAAGAAUUAGAUUUUGUACCUGUUUGUGAUAUAACAACCAAAGAAGCAAUAUCAGCAGUUCACCGAGCUAAGACACAACGAUGUAAGCAGCAACUAGUGAACAUUACGUGCCUUAUACAGCAGGGGCAGCUGUACCCAGAACGUCUUUCUAGUUCUUGCCCAUCACAAGGUUUUACUGCUGGAAAAUCCCUUGGAUGUUACCGUGAUGAAAAAACAUUUCGGCUGCUAUCUGGAUAUUAUGCAAAUUUUAAAACAACAAAUUCUCCACAGUACUGCAUCAAUAUGUGCCUUCAGUCUGGCUUUCCCUAUGCUGGUGUACAGUACUCUACUGAGUGCUUCUGCGGAUAUGAGGAGCCUCCGUCCACAUCACGGCUUCCUGAUUCAUCCUGCAACAUGAAGUGCCCGAGUGAUGCCCAUGAAGCCUGUGGUGGAUACUACACAAUCAAUGUCUAUGAAACAGGCAUUGCAAAAUUUAUGCCUCAAGUGCCAAAUAUUAAACCUGAAUCUGGAACGCAGCCUGUAAGAAUAGCCUAUCUACUAACAUUGAAUGGUCGAGCAUUACGCCAAGUACGCAGAUUAUUUAAAGUGCUAUUCCACAGGGACCACUUCUUCUUCAUCCAUGUAGAUGCUAGACAAGACUAUCUUUACCGAGAGCUAUUGACUCUGGAGCACAACUUUCCUAAUGUGAAGAUUUCACGAACACGUUUUGCGACCAUCUGGGGUGGUGCAUCAUUGCUACAAAUGCUUUUAACAUCAAUGAAAGAGCUUCUGGACUCAGACUGGAAGUGGGAUUUUGUUAUAAACCUAAGUGAAUCAGACUUCCCUGUCAAGACAGACAGAGAACUGGUUGAAUUUUUGACCGCCAACAAAGGUCGCAAUUUUGUCAAGUCUCAUGGUCGUGAAGUCCAGCGCUUUAUUCAGAAGCAAGGACUUGACAAGACAUUUGUAGAAUGUGAUGCGCAUAUGUGGCGCACUGGAGAUCGCCGACUCCCAUGGGGAAUACAGGUUGAUGGUGGAAGUGACUGGGUUGCUCUGUCACGACAGUUUGUGGCCUAUGUAGCAAGCAAUGCAUCAACUGAAGAUCCUCUGCUUAGUGGUCUUGCUGUAGUAUUUCACCACACUUUAUUGCCUGCUGAGACUUUCUUCCACACUGUGCUGCGGAACUCACGUUUUUGCAACACGUAUGUAGACAACAACCUACAUGUGACCAACUGGAAACGGCGACUGGGAUGCAAAUGUCAGUACAAACAUGUUGUUGAUUGGUGUGGUUGCAGUCCCAAUGAUUUCAGGAUUGAUGAUUGGCCACGCCUCCAGGGAACAGAAGGGCGACAGCUGUUUUUUGCUCGAAAGUUUGAAGCUAUUGUUAACCAGGGAAUCAUAAACCAGCUGGAUGAGUGGUUGUAUGGUCCACAUACUGCAAGUAUUACUGGGCUUAAUAGUUAUUGGCAGAAUACAUACCACAGUGAUGAUCUCAGCCCAUCACCUGAUGAUGCACUUGUAACACUCGCCUUCAGCCUUGCACGUCUCACUGCAAAAGAUAUAAAUAUUAAUAAUGAUGGGUGCUCCCUGAGUGUGAAGAAAAUUGUAUCGGUCACUUCAUACCACUUCAAAGACAUCUACAAGGGCUCAUUGAUACUGUUUGAGGCACAACUAGAAGAAGCAAACAGAAUUGCAACUGUUAGACUGGAAACCUGGAUAAAGCCUCAGGAUCACAUUCGAAAUUUUGACCAUGGUACCCUGCAGUCUGUGAUCAAGUCGGCAGUUGUGAGCUCUGAUUACGAUCAAAAAGAACAGCUGUUGAGGAAUCAUCUACGGAGCUUAGGCCCUUUCUCAGAACCAGCAUUGGCUGUUGAGAUAGAACCAGCAUUAGGAACUAAUUCAGCAGUAUCACUAAAUCUGACAGCUCUCUGGAUAGACCCAGCAGGAAGACUUGCCCAGGUUGCAGACAUUCAUGUUGAUGAUACUACCUUGACUGGUUCAGUGAAACCAACACUUCGAGACCCACUUCUUCCAGGUGCAUGGAAAGUGAAGCUGUUACACAAGGAUUCUCCAUUAGUCCAAACAGAAUUUGUUGUUAUGCCACUAGAAUUUGUAUCAGGCGUGCCAGUGAGUCAGCAGCAAGCAGGGUUUAUUCAUAAUGGACCUCCUCAAAUAUUUAGUGUUGAUGAAGGCUCUGAGUGGGACAAACAUCUGAUCUUGAGCUCUGAAGAAAGGGCCAGUCUGCAGAGAAGAAGUGUAACCAAUGCUCGUCGAUUUGGGCUUGAUCUGAGGGAAUGGAUUGAUUCGCUUACUACAAAAUUCUAUAAAAUUUUGGACAAGUGUGUCGACACAAUGCAGAGACGACCUGAUGCACUACUCUGUGGGAAUUUGCAAAUAGAACCUUGUGCUGCAACUUUUUGGAGCUCACUGUCUCCUGACCCAAAGUCUAGUAUCACAACUAUUGAGCCUGCAACGGGUCGACUGCACAGGUGAUGACUGGGGUUACUUUUUAGAUAUAUUUCAAAUUUGUGAUCAACAUGACAUUCAAAAGCAAUACUGAGAAGUCAUUCCACUAUUUAAGAAUCUCCUUCUAAAGCCAUUUAAAUAUUUGACAGGCAAUCAUAUACAAAAUGAAAGCUUUAAUGUCUGUUUGAUUUUUAAAUGGUCAUUGUUAUACAAAAAUUUUAAAGAUAAAUUUGAAAUGCCAUAUUUCUGUACCAUGUGAUAUCCACUACUUGAGUUUAGCUUUGCUCAGAUUACAUAUAAGAUAGUUUACAAUAAAAGUUUUCUAUUAAUUCAUGAAAUGUUUUGUGAUAAAACAUCAACAUAUGACCGGUGCUCAUUGUACAUGUAUAUAUGUCAGAUUUCAUGAACUGCUCCUAUGUAAAUCUGUACCGUAUUUUGAAGGGGUGUAUAAAGUAUUAAUUCAAAGAAGUAAUAAUCAUCAAAUCCAACAUGAAGCUCAUAGCUGAAUGUUGAUUUGGUGAAUAUGUUAUGUACUUACUGUGUAAGUUUGUUGAUCUUUACUGUUAAUGGAGAACAUUAAAAAUCUGACUACAAAAGUUAAUUCCUCAUUGUGCUGAAUAUAUAUAUAUACAGUAUAUAAAUCAGUCAUAAUUCAUGAAUGCCUUAAAAAAUAACAUAAAACUGCAGAUAUUUUUUUCAGUUUCCUAUAACCCUACGGAUACUACCUUUGCACUGAGCAUGGUAUUUGUUGUGAUCCUUGUAGGCUCCUUAUAUUAGCUGAUAAUCUGAUUUCAGAUUCCUGAUAACAUAUCAGAGAGAAAGCCUUGCACAUCCUUAGAUGUUGAAAUGAGAAGAAGGAAAUUGGUUUAGAUUUAAUGUUCUUUCAAUGACAAGGUCAUUAGAAACAGAUAGUUGGUGAUAGAUAAUGAAUACAUCAUUAAAAUGAAAUGAUCAUAUGGCAUUAUUGGCCGGGAGACCCAACCUGGGGUUGUUUGGCUGCCUAGUGCAGAUCUUUUUAUUUGAUGCCACAUUGGUGAUUUGCACAUUGAUGAUGAUGAUGAUGACAACACAACACUCAGGCCCUGAGCAGCUAAAAAUCUACAACUUGGAUGGGAUUAAAACUUGGGCCCUCCUGCAUGGCAGCCAGCUGCACUGAUCACUCAGUCACAGAGAUGGACAAAUACAUCAUUAUAUUGAUGGGAGAAUAGAGAGGAUGAAAUCUGGUGCUGACACAAUAGUAGCAGCGUUAAAAUCACUGAUAUUAACUCAAUGAAUGCCUUAUGACUUAAUCAAAUAAGGCACUACAUAGCACAGGAUUUAAUGAAGAUAGCAGAAUCUUCUUUUUACUGUGUGACAGUAGGUGGACACACAAAAAGGUUGACAACAAUAAUAGUUUUCAUAACCAGCAUUUUUCCUCAUUCAGUAAGAGGGAAAACAGAACUAUUCAGCACUUAAAUAGGAAAUUAAGCCUGAUACCUGGGAUCAAGACAGCAGAAUAGGAUCAGAAGGAAACCAGUUUGUUGGAUUGUAGAGUUUCCUCUAAUCAAUUACAGUGAAACCUCUUUAUAACGUUCCUCCAUAUAAUGUUUUCCUCUAUGUUACAUCUGUUUUUUUCGGUCCCGACUAAAAGCCCAUAUAACCAAUGUUAAAUUUUCCUCUUUACUGUGUUUCCUCUGUGUUACAAUUUCCUCCAUGUAACGCUCAUACUUUUGGAACCCUGGUCAAUUAUUUACCUCUUUAUAACGUUUAAGUGACUGGAUGUAGACGCAUCGUUUUCCGUUCUGUGGAUUCACAGUUUGCACCGGGCUCGGAAAGCCCAUGCUCAGCGUGUUUCAUAUGUCAGCGGAAGAACCUGGUCACGUGACAUGUGACACACAUUCUGCUUGCGAUGUUUUUGGCGCCAUUUACUUUCACCCAUCCACCUACCGGGCCCCAUGUUUUAAUUACAAAAAACUAAUCAUUUGAUACGUUGAUCAUUUGAAAUGAAUAUCAUAUUACAGUGUUGUGAAAAUUUAAAAUGUCAUCUAUGGCACCAUUUGUCAAAGCUGACUAGUGGUAUCCCGAUCUUCAGUAAUGCCCUAUAAUUAUUAUUUGGAAGCCUUCCUCUUUAUAGUGUUUUCCUCUAUACAGUGUUCAAAAUUUGUGGUCCCUUGAAAAACGUUAUAUAGAUGUUUCACUGUAUAUUUUUUGACAGAUGAAGGGACCCGUGGCUCUAAACAGUAGACUUUCCGUCAACUUUUCUUUGAUUUUUUAAGCUGUGCUAAUACUUUGCAAAUGUUUUUUUCCUCAAUUUAUUCAAUAUAGAAUUGAGCAAUGUUUUACAGCAAAAAAAAGUAAGUUACAUCUUCUUAAUGGCCCACAUAGAUGAUUAAAAAUUUUGUCAAGUUUCACAUUAUUUGCCACUCUGGUGUUUCGUUUGGUGUGUUUGUCAAAUUUAUGCUUCAUUUGACAUAUUUGAGAGAAAGUUUGAUUAUGGCCAAUUUGACAAACAGUUUCGACUGCUUAUGCAUGUAUUUGUUGUCUGUAACCGGGAGAUAUCUGGCAACUGGAAGAGAUUUCAGGGAUUUAAAGUGUGUAUCUUACAUUGCAUCGUGUACGUUGCCCACCAGUGUCAAAAUAUUUCAUGACACGAUACUACAGCAUGACACUGCUUAAAAAGUGACAUCAGAUUGUUUGCUGUGUUGUGCAUUUGUUCGAGAAACCAAACAGUGAAUUUGACAGACAAGUUUUAUUGUUUACAUUGGCCUUUAACAGAUGAAUACUGUGUAAUCCCAAAUCACCUAAAUACAUAUACCAAACAACCCACAGAGAAGUAUCAGUCUGUCAGAUAAUCUGUUCCCUGUCUAGGUUCGAACCUGGUCUUCAUGUAGUUUUCACUUAUAGAGAAAAAUAUUUUAUUUCCUAAACACAUCAGAACCUUUUCAUGUGAGCCAAUCUGUCAUUUGAAGAUAAUUCUGUGACGCGAGAAGAUCUGGAUCAGAAAUUAAUGCAUUCCUUUGUGCACUGAAUCUGCAACUCAGACUUUGUCUUUCUCACGUGAUAUUCUGUCUUACAUGAUUAUUUUAUUGCAAAACUGUGUUUGAGCCACCCAGAUAAAUGGCCUGGUUAUAAGUGUGUUUGUUCAGAUUGAACUCAUUACAAGGUGCUAAAAAUCCUACUAGGGUGAAGAUCAUCUAGGAGAGAAGUAUAUCAGAGAUUUUGCUCCACAGUUAUCAUUUUGUAAUUAAUAUGAAGCAGAGCUUCAGAUGAAUCUCCUUAAUAACUGAUUGGCUGAACUUUUUGUAUUAAUUCUCACAUCAAGUCAGUGCCAAAAGUAUUACAAUGAUAGACCACUAACCACCCUCAGCAUUUUAUAAGAGCAGAGAUGUUGUUUCAAGGGAUACAGCAAAUAUUAAUGAAUUAUAAUGAAUCAUUUAUUUCAGUCACAGUUGCAAAAGAUACAGGUGAUCAUCACUAGUUUCAGCGGUUAGGUGACCAUCAUCAAAUUUUGACUGGUUGGUUACUGUUUAACACAUUGUGAGUGUCAAAUCACUGUGUCAACAUUAAAAUAACCUAAUGGCCAAAACCAAUCACCAUCACAUUUAUUGUUUUGCAGCUGUGACUGAAAUAAAUAAUCAUUAUAAUUUUAAUGGUUAAUUGUCAAGUGGCAGACACUAACAGAAACAGAAUGGAGGGCUUAGGUUUUAGCUUUUCCUCAGAGCUACUAACAGUUAUCAGAACUUGUCUUCUGAUUAUACUUAACGGUUCUGAAUGAUAAUGGCAGUUCAGUAACUUAGCUGACAUAUCCAUUCUUCAUCUGUGCUUGCCACCAUUUAGGACUUUGAGGUAAGUGCUGGCCUGUGCUCCAUCAUAAGCAUUCAGUUGCCUCUCCCACUUGAUCAAUAAUAAAAGUAGUUCUUUGCCACAGCAGAAACUUCUUUUAAAUGUAAUCAGUCACUGAGGAAGACCAAAAUAUUGAUAGGAAAGAUGACUGUAGCUGUUUUUCUGUUAUUAUAAUUACAUUGUUACAAAACAUGCAAGUAACACUUCAAAUGGGUUUUGCAAGUUAUCAAUGCAUACUAAUUUUUUGGGAAACAAAGUUUUAGUACCUUGGUUCUUGUUAUGUUUGUAGUAAAAGCUGAAUUUAAAUUUCCAACUUCCAUAAACAAAUAGUAGCAGCUGUGUGAGGGAAACAUCUGCCAACUACCAUUAAAGAGAUGUGCAUAUCUAAUUCAAAACACUAUAAAUGUCAUAGUUUCCAUCAAGUUAGUUUUCUUAUUUAUAGCAGUCAAAUGAUUAAGAGAUAACUGUGGCACGUUCUCCAGACUAGCAUGAUUUUGUGGUUGUGCAGCGCAGAAAAAGAAUUUUGAUGUUCCUCAAUGAAAACAACGUCCUCGGCUGAUUACUGUUUUCAUAAGUACCAAAUAUGUUUUCCAUUGAAUACCAUUUUCCUCUGCUCUCACCUUAAGAAUCACAAGAAAAUAUCAGACAUCUUUAACAUAUUUUAAAGAAUGAGAUGUAUUGAUGUAGUCAGGCAGUUAUUCUGGCUAUAUUACUUGUAUUCAUGUGCAUCUCAAGGCCUAAAGUCACCUUUUCACUUUUUCCAUGUGCAAAACUUAAAUAUUUCAUGUAUAUAUUCAGCACAGAGACAUAUUUCUCUUUCAUUAUAUAAAAAAUGUUUUAUUGUGUACAUCAGGGAGUUGUCUACUGUUAUCAAGGAAUAUAUAUGAAGUACUGAUAAUUUUAUAUGAGACAGAUGAUUUGGGACUUACUAUUGUUUUGAAUAUCACACCCAAUAUGUUGGUUUUUAUUUAGCAUGUUAUGUGACAUUUGUUACUCAGAACUAGUAUAGAAUGAGUGUUCCUUAGUCAUAGCCAUUUUUUCAGUGCCAUACAGCUUUCAUACUGCAAGACAUUAAAUGUCGAUUUUAUGUAUUGUAUUAUUCAUUUAAAGUCUUUAAAGUUUUGAUAAGAAUGUUUAAAUUAUUUGUGAUCUGAUGAUGACUGUUGAAUGUAUGAGACUGUCAUGUGAUUUAUUGUACAUUAUGGGAAAUUAAUAUGUUUUAUAUUCAAGUACAUAAAUGUAAUUUAUACAAAUGAAAAAACUGACAUUUUUCAUACAUAUGUAUUUUAAUAAAUGCUCAUAAAAGAACAACUUCACUAUAAA